CUGUGUGCUGCAACGCUGUGGUGACUCUUGGCGGGUCGUUCGUUCAACCAACAACUGAUUGAGUCACCUUUUUCAGCGAGAACUGCCAAAAAUAGGCGAGAAUUGAGCUCGACAGAUGCUCGUGGCACAUACAUAAGAGAGUCUGGCUGAGAAGAGACUCGGAAAGCUUGUUUGAUGAGUUUGCCAAGAUUUCGAUAUUCCCAACUCCUGCGCUGCAGCACCCGCCUUUCAGCAAAGCCGUCGUCUCUUUCGAGGCUUCGACCAUUUUCAGCCAUGGCGUCAAAACAGUCACAGGGCAGCUCUGCCUACACGCCCCGCUACAUAGAUAUUGGCAUCAACCUGGCCGACCCCAUCUUCCGUGGUCUAUACCAUGGCAAGCAAAGACACCCAGACGACCUUGGCGCCGUUAUAUCACGAGCCAAGGAGGUCGGCUGCCAGAAGCUUAUCGUCACUGGCUCGGACUUGACAAACUCGAAAGAGGCACUCGAAAUAGCAAAGGAAUACCCUGGCGUGGUCUACACAACUGCGGGUAUACAUCCCUGCUCCAGCGCCAUCUUCAGCUCAUCCCACAAGCCUCGAGCCAGCGAGGGUGGCGAGGGCCACACCGAAGGCCAAAGCACGCCAUGCGAUCCUGACCCGUCGCAGCCCAUCUCAGAAGACCACGACGCUUGCCCCAAAAAGACCUCGCAGAUCAUCGCCUCGCUGCAGAACCUCAUCGCCGAGGCCCAGGCCUCGACGCCGGGCGCCCUCGUCGCGUUUGGCGAGUUCGGCCUCGACUACGACAGGCUGCACUACUGCUCCCGCAAGGUCCAGCUGCACUCGUUCGCGGCGCAGCUGGAUCUCGUGCUCGCCAUGAAACCCCAGCUGCCCCUGUUCCUGCACUCCCGCGCCGCGCACGCCGACUUUGUCGGGCUGCUCAAGGACAAGUUUGGCCCGAGGCUGGAGAGGCUCGAGAAGGGCGGCGUCGUGCACAGCUUCACCGGCACGGCCGAGGAGAUGCGCGAGCUCAUGGACCUGGGCCUCUACAUCGGCACCAACGGAUGCAGCUUUAAGACGGCCGAGAAUUGUGACGUCGUCAAGGAGAUCAAGCUCGACCGGCUCAUGCUCGAGACUGAUGGGCCCUGGUGCGAGGUGCGGCCCAGCCACGAAGGAGGGAAGUAUCUCGUCAGCAAAAUCAACGCAGACAGGGAGGCUGAGGCGGCUGCUGCUGCUGUCGCCGCCGCCGAGGCAGCAGAAGCCACAGAGCCGCAAAACGACAAUGUCGAAGCUGGCGAGAAGCCAACGCAAGAGACACCUGUUCUGGCGGCCGCAACCGCAGCACUUGCCUCAGCAUCACUAGCACCACCAUCCUCGUCAACCCUCGGGUCAUCCUCCUCCCCUGGCCAGACCGGCACCACCGCCACAACCACAACAACCACAACAACAAACUCAGCAGGGACCAACACCCCCUCGACAAGAACACACACCCCCGGCCCCAAGCCGCGCCGCAAGCCCCCCGCGCCCAAGCAGACCAAGAAGGAGCCCGAGGUUCCCGAGCGGUGGAAGUCGGUCAAGAAGGAGAAGUGGGUCGAGGGCGCGAUGGUCAAGAGCCGCAACGAGCCGUGCAUGAUUGAGCGCGUGGGCACCGUGGUCGCGGCGAUCAAGGGCGUCAGCGUCGAGGAGGUGUGCGAGGCCGCGUGGGAGAAUACUUGUCGGGUGUUCAAGCUCGAGUAAUCUUGGCCAUGCAUGUAUGUAUGGGCUGUCUGUCUGGUGCCGAGUAGCGCCUUUGAUAUAUCAUAGGCGUGCGGGGAUACGUCUUGUCCGAGUCCCCUCCUCUUAUGGAUAUGGGCGAGCAACGAGGUGUUGACCAACAUAAAAAUUUCUUUGUAGAGAGAGAGAGAGAGAGCCUUGAGUAGAGGCAGUAUAUAUAGAGUCAAUCGUCGGGCCUAUUUUUGGCACCAGGAGUCCAGCCAAGCAUGCGCAAUUCUAACUUCACUUCCUCUGGAAGUCACCAGAGCAGAAAGUACUUAUCGCACGAUCUGAAACCCCUUGGCAGCAAGUGAUCGAUCAGAG